ACACUCUGGGGCCUGGUCCCGACGUCGCCGGCUAACUAUGGAGCCUGGUAUAGUCGCAGCGGUUCUGCUAGCAGGUCUGGUUCAUGUGUGUCAAGGUCACUGUGCGUACAAGUUCUUGCUGCUAGAGGAGAGGUACGGCUUCACAGAUGCCCAGGUGAGAUGUCAGCACCUGGGCUACACAGACCUGGCCAUACUGGAUUCCCACACCCUGAUUCAGAAGGCUGUCCGAUACACGAGUUCCAGGAACUCGGCUGGAACUCACGUGUGGAUUGGGAUCAAGUACACUCAAGGUCACUUCUCCUAUGUCAAUCGGACCAGUCGCGUGUUGGGGAACUGGGGGAGAGGGGAACCAGACUCCAUUAAGAAAUGCGUGCGCAUGAUGCCUGAUACGAGCUAUUUGUGGGCAUCUUAUUUCUGCAGAGAGAAAUUCUUUGCACUCUGUGGAAAGGAAGUGCGUCGUGAAACAGCAGCUAGAUUCAUCCUGCACGCAGUUGACGUGGACACAACUGACCAAUCAAUGAAGCCACCAGUGGAUGUCCAGUCAGUGGAGGAAUGCUCGACCCUGUGUCUCGAGGCGUGCCCAGAAUGCACCUACUUCAUCCAUGUGAACGUCACAUGCACGCUGUUCGAUGACGUCACACUGUCCACUCACAGACCUGGAGCCAGAGUCUUCUACAAGACAUACAGUGAAUAAAAGCAUCCUGCAGCCACGCUAUAUCGGCUAUUAUCAACGUGUUUCUCAAGUGCGUAAAAUCACUCGUUAAGGGCGACUGGAGCUGCUGGAGGUGGAAUUUGUCUCCUUCUUGUAACUCAUUUCCUCAAUCAGUUUUAACAUGGG